AUUGGAUGACGUACAAGGAAAUGUACACGGGAUUCAGGAGCAGACCGAUUGUUUAGCUUUUAUUUAAGGUCAUUUACCGGUAAAAGUCAUGCAAACGUGGAGCCUCGUAUCAAUUUGUGUGUUGCUCGCUCUUGUUGUGAGAUGGGGCGUUUCUUUAAAUUCAUAUUCAGGGGCGGGAAAACCUCCCAUGUUCGGGGACUAUGAAGCUCAAAGGCACUGGCAAGAAGUGACCUACAACCUCCCUCUCCAGGAAUGGUACUUCAACACUACUGAGAAUGACUUGAUGUACUGGGGUCUUGACUACCCCCCUUUGACUGCCUACCACAGCCUGAUCUGUGCCUACGUGGCCAAGUCGAUAAACCCUGAAUGGGUAGAGCUUCACAAAUCCAGAGGUUAUGAAAGUCCAAAGCACAAGUUAUUCAUGAGAGCUACAGUCUUGGUGGCAGAUUUGAUUUUAUUCAUCCCUGCUGUGGUUUUAUACUGUUUAUAUCUGACUGAUGGAUCCUCCAGAAAGAAGGUGUCUACUCUGUUCUGCUUCCUUCUUUACCCCGGCCUAAUUCUCAUUGACUACGGACAUUUCCAGUACAAUGGAGUGAGUCUGGGCCUUGCCCUGUGGGGGGUUCUGGCUCUGGGUCUGGGCUGGGAUGCAUUGGGCUCCUUGGCCUUUUGUCUGGCUCUCAACUACAAACAGAUGGAGCUGUACCACGCGCUGCCCUUCUUCUGCUACCUGCUGGGGAAGAGUGUCCAACUGGGCCUGAUGGGGCGAGGGCUUUUCCUGUUGGUGAGAAUUGCUUCAACAGUGCUGGGGACCUUUGCCCUCUGCUGGCUGCCCUUCCUGUCCGACCCCGAUCACGCCAUGCAGGUGGUCAGGAGGAUCUUUCCCGUGGCUCGCGGCUUGUUUGAGGAUAAGGUGGCCAACACAUGGUGCAGCUUAAACGUCCUGGUAAAGGUCAGAUACAUUCUGUCCAGUGACUCCCAGAUCUACCUCAGUCUUGCCUGCACUCUCCUGGCAGUGCUACCAUCCUGCGUUAGACUUUUGACAAAGCCCACCUUCUGGCAGUUUAAACUGGCCUUGGCAAAUUCGUCUUUGGCGUUUUUCCUCUUCUCCUAUCAAGUCCACGAGAAGUCCAUCCUCUUGGUUGCCUUGCCUGUCUGCCUCCUGCUGAAUGACCUCCCCCUGGUGGCUAUUUGGUUCCUGCAUGCGUCUACAUUCAGCAUGAUGCCUCUGUUUCUGAGGGACGGUCUGCUGGUGCCUUACGUUGUGACCUCGCUGGCCUUCCUGUACUUCAGCAUCUAUUUACUGUCUCCACUGGAGCAUUGUUCAGAGGAUACCUUGAGACUGGGAGUCUACCGCAAGCUGCUUUUCUUCCUCCCCAAACUGGACCUGGCCUGGAUCGUGAGAUGGAAGUUCUACAUCAGCGUCGCGGCCACGGCGGGUCUGAGCUUUGUGACUGUCGCUCUGGUUCCUCCAUCACAUCUGCCUGACCUGUUCCCUCUGUUGGUGACUUCUACCGCUUUCCUGCAGUUUUUGGGAACAUUUAUAUAUUUGAAUAUUGUCCAGUUCAGCGAGCCACCAAGCAGGAAGAGCAACAAGAAGAAGAAGUGAUGGAGCCAACGGCGGUAAUAUGCACAGCACAUUUCUGUUUAAGCUCGUAUUCCUUCAGGGAGGCCAGUGAUGCACCGUUGUUUACAUCUGCUCGCUGUGUUCAUAAAGGCUUUCCAUCGAGACAUCUCCAUCAAAAAUCAAAUUAAUUGGGGAAAAUCAAUCAUUUAAGUCAAUUUGGAUGAAUAAAUGACAGAAGUUGAUACUGAGCAUUGUGCUGCUCCUCCUGCAUCAUAGUAGAUUGGACAUCUUAAAAAGAUUAUUUGACUUCACCUUGUUACACCUUGUUACAGACAUGGGUAUUGACUAAAUGAUUAGCUGAUUUGCAUAUUAAUAAAUAAUAUGUACAUACAACCCUACAUGUAUGCUUCAUAAUGAGAUAUUUUGCCCCCGUCCUCCUGCCCCAAAAAAUGAUUAUAUAUACGUAAAUUGCGCACAUAACAGAUUGAGAAAGUAAAUUCAUAAAAUCAGUCCCUUUUUUUAUUUAUUUUUUUUACCAGAUCUCAUUCUGAAUUUUGGCUUGGACCAAUGAUACUUAACCCUUCAACCCGCACUGUAGCUGGCUAAUGGAACAAGUACAAACAUUGUGUGGCCUUCACACAUGAACGCUGACAGCUCUAUGUCUGUACACUGCAGCUACGAGGGGCGGCCACAUUAAUAUAAUAAGAACACCUGUUGAGAGGUUUACUCCUGGUUAUUACUAAGGUGGGGACUUUCAUUUUGUGGUAACUUUUAACGCCAUAGUUUGUGGUGGGGCCAAACGUAUUGAUAUUGAAGGGUGUUCUGCUGUUGCUAUUGUCCGACAUACCCAUUCCGGAUAUGACUGGUCCCAGGUCAAGAGGUAACUGUUGAUCAUAAUUCAUGUGAAUAUUUUUUUUACCGUUUUCUACAGUCAUUUAUUUUUAAUCCAAAGUUGAAUUUCUUUUGUACAAACCUAGUUUUUGUGAAAAUAAAUAAAAUUCCUCAAUGACUUUUAA